AUGGGCAGCCGAUUUAUGGAAUUUUCCGUAUGCACGGGCACUGGUUAGAAUCACAGGAAUGCACCAUAUUCACCUUUAACAAUUGAGUUCAAGUCCGGAAAUAUGGAUACCUUUCCGGGAUUGCGGUUGGUGUGCCAACAAACCUAUGGCCAAUACCGGGUAAGGUUAUCUUUCGGGUAUAGUGAAAACCUUGUACACCAAAAGACUGAUGUCACACUAAUCAGUCGAUACCGUACCUACUUUCAUCAUCAGCAUCUCCGUACCCGUUCAUUGGCGUCUCAUGGCUUCUACCAAACUAAAAACCGUCCUCAUUACAGGUUGCUCCGGUGGAGGCAUCGGAGCAGGUAUCGCGCAGGAGCUCGCCAAUCAAGGCCAUCACGUUUUCGCAACCGCACGGGACAUCAGCAAAAUCCCAACGGAGCUCUCCUCUCUUAGUAACGUGACAAUAUUACGACUGGAUGUUACAUCUCAACCUUCCAUCACCGAAGCGGUUGAAAAUGUGACUACAGUGACUGAACGAAUUGGUUCUGCAGGCCUCGAUGUUUUGGUCAAUAAUGCGGGGUAUGGGUACUCAAUGCCUCUUUUGGAUGUUGAUAUUGAGAAAGCAAAAGCGCUUUACGAUACCAAUGUCUGGGGUCCAGUACGGAUGGUGCAGGCAUUCUGUGAUGUCCUAGCUGCGAAUAAGGGACGGGUUGUGAUGAUCAGUAGCGCUGGUGCAGCCGUCAAUACACCUUGGAUUGGUAACCAUUCAUUUCCAUAAAGUCCGAGAAUCUCGCUAAUGUAUAUUGACUCAAAUCAGGUGCAUACUGCUCUUCCAAAGCUGCCUUGACCAACAUCUCGGAAACCAUGCGUCUUGAACUGGCGCCGUUGGGUAUCAGCGUUAUCACAGCGAUGGUAGGAAUUGUUCAGACGAAUUUCGCGCAAAAUGUCGGCUCUAGUGAUGCUACACUACCAUCGGAUUCUCGGUACUUGGUAAUCAAGGAUUUUAUUUUCAACCCUAAAUCCAUUGAGAACAGCACAGGCGGAGCGAAGAUCAAUGAUCUCGCAAGGGCCCUUGUAGGAGAUAUUCUGACGAAGGAGGGUGGUGGGAUGGUAUGGAGGGGAUAUAAGGCUGGAAGUGUACGGUUUCUGUCGAAGUUUCUUCCAACUUUUAUUCUUGUGAGUGCAUUGCCUUCAAGCUUUCUUCUUUUGCUUUAUUAUUCUUAGUGUCUGUCGCUAUUGUCUCUUAUCUCCUGGUGAAGUAUGCUAAGACUUUUUCUCUCUAGAAUUAUUUUCUCACCGAAAAUCGUGGAUUAGAUGUGUUUUUGAAAUCUCUGCAGUAGUAGGAGGUUUGCUUGUUAAUAUUGCAAAAAGAUUGUAGGGAGUUAAUUAUCAAAGUCGCAUGACGCCUGUCUCUCUUUUCUUUCUCUAUAGCAUGUGGUGCAGUAC